AACGCGCACUGAAGACAGCACCGGCGGCGCGCUUCUCUUGUGUGUCUGGCAGGUGGCCCGGGUCCAGCAGGCUCAUCAUUAUGGGGGAUCCUGGACCCCGAGACGAGACAGAACCCGAGCGAGCGGCGGCAGCGAGGAGCGCGUCGGGCCGGUCCAUCCCGGGAUAAACACCAGUGUCACCAGCUGAGCAUACUGGUCUGCAGAGGAGGAGGUGUUUCCUCUGAGUCAACCACAGAGGGCUGAGGAAGACUCUGGAUUCAGCGCCGCGUUGAGAGGAAAAAUGAACGAGUUGCUGAAGAAGCAGGUCCCGACUGGGCUGGGCUGAUCCGGACUCCUGAUCCGGACUCAGCCGUCCGCGGCCUCUCCUCCUCCUCCUCUUCCUCAGGGCGCAGACAUGUCGGCUUUCUGCCUGGACCUGCAGAGCUCCUCCGCGCUUUCAGCACCGCUCGAGCUGGACAGCGACUCCCUGCGAGCCGGCCCGGGCCCCCAGGAGCCCCCGGGCUGUCAGGGGCCCCCGCUGCGGCGCGCCGGCUCCGGAGGCCUGGGCACGGCCCUGGAGGAGGAGCUGGCCCUGAUCACCGGGGAGCAGGGAGUCGAGGAGGAGGUGGCGGAGCCGGAGGCGCCCUGCGCGGACCUGCUGCUCCUCUUCCGUCAGAAGGAGAAGGACUUGGUUCUGGCAGCGAAACUGGGCAAAGCGCUGCUGGAGAGGAACCAGGACCUGACCAAGCAAUAUGAGAACAUGCACAAAGAUCUGAACGAGAAGCUCGAGCACUUGGAGCAAGAGAAGCACGAGUUACGGCGGCGCCUGGAGAGUCGAGAGGGGGAGUGGGAGGGUCGGGUGGCCGAGCUGGAGACGGACGUCCAGCAGCUGCAGGGUGAGCUGGAGCGCCACCAGGCUCAGCUGAGGGAGACGGACAGGGACAAGACCAAGACCAUCAGCGAGCUCUCUGAGCAGAACCACAGGCUGCUGGAGCAACUCAGCAGGGCUGCAGAGGUGGAGAGGCAGCUGUCCACUCAGGUCCAUUCAUUACGGGACAACUUCAGGGAGAAAAGUGUGUCUACAAGCCAGCACAUGACGCAACUAGAGACUCUAGAGGCUGAGCAAGGGCUAGAAAUUAAGAUGCUGUCGGAGAGGAAGAUGGAGUUGGAAUGCCGGGUGCACGCCAUGCUGGAGGAGAACGAGCUGCUGCAGAACACGGUGGACAACCUCAGAGAGCGAACUCUGGUGCUGGAGAAGCAGUGUCACGAGAAGGACCUGCAGCUGCGACGGAACCAACUGGAGCUCCAGGAGGUCCAGGCGUCCCACCGGCAGCUCACUGCGAAGCUAGCAGAGCUGACGGAGGAGCACAGCUUUCAAACCCUCACCCCCCAUCCUUCCAGCCUGCUGUGUGAGAUAGAGCAAAGUAUGGAGCAGGAGGAGCAGGAGCAGGAGAGGGAGCAGCUGCGUCUUCAGCUGUGGGAGGCCUACUGUGAAGUUCGCUCGCUCUGCUCGCAUCUGCGGGGAAACGAUAUCACUGACUCAGCACUGUCCACUGACUCGUCCAUGGACGAGUCCUCGGAGACGUCCUCAGUGAGGGACGUGCCUACAGGAAGUCUCCAGACUAGCCUGCUGGAGCUAAGGAGGCUGACACAGAAUCUGCUGGACGGCAAUGAGUCCACGGAAUCGCGUCGCAGCGAUGAGGAGGCUCUGGAGGAGCAGGUGAGGAAGCUGGGAGAAGAACUGCAGGAAGUCAAAGAUCUUUAUGAAGCAGAGCAGCACAAAACACUCAGCAACAAGGAAGAGAUGCGGAAACUGCACAACCAGGUGGCACUUCUCUCUGUGGAGAUUUCCUCUCUCCGGGAGGAGAAUGAACGAACGCGGGCGAUGGCUGAAGUCCGAGAACCCAGCGAGCAGCUCCAGAGCGCCAUCAGAGACAGAGACGACGCCAUAGCCAAGAAGAAAGCUGUGGAGAUGGAGCUGGCCAAAUGUAAAAUAGACAUCAUGUCUCUGAACAGCCAGCUGCUGGACGCCAUCCAGCAGAAACUCAACCUGUCGCAGCAGCUGGAGGCUUGGCAGGAUGAUAUGCACAGAGUGAUUGACCAGCAGCUCAUGGACAAACACCAGGACGAGUGGCGUUCGGCCCAUGGCUCCCUGUCGGGGUCUACAAGGAGUCAGUCUCCAAGACGAGUUUGCCGUGUCUCUGAUCGAGACAAGAGACUUUUCUCUUUUUUCAAAAAGAGCUAAGCUCUGCUGGACUGGCCAUAAGCCCAGGAGACAGAGACAAACAAGGUGAGGGACAGGGAAAAGGGACAUCACA